AAGACACGCCUCGGCUGGGAUCCGGAAAGCCGGCGCGGCUGGGCGUCUUGCAACAUGCGGGGAAGCAGCAGGAGGCGGCUGAUCCUCGCCUGCUGAGCGGGGUUCGUCCCGUCGCUGCGGCCGAGGGAACCGGAGCCAUGGGCACCCCCUGGAAGCACUGCGGGGGCCUGUACAACUUCCUUUUCGAGUACGACACCCCCCGGAUCGUGUCCAUCAAGAGCCGCAAAGUGGGUCUCAUGAACCGGGUGGUCCAGCUGGCUAUUUUGGCCUACGUGAUCGGUUGGGUGUUCGUGUGGGAAAAAGGCUAUCAAGAAACUGAUUCAGUGGUGAGCUCGGUAACUACCAAGGUGAAAGGCAUCACCAUGACCAACACUUCCAACCUGGGGCCCCGAGUUUGGGAUGUAGCUGACUAUGUGAUUCCAUCUCAGGCUGAGAACUCUGUUUUCAUCAUGACAAACUUGAUCAUCACGCUGAAUCAGACCCAAGGGCUUUGUCCAGAGCUCCCAGAUAAGACCACCAUGUGUCAGUCAGAUGCAGACUGCAAAAAAGGCUAUGUCGGCACUCACAGCAAUGGUAUUCAGACUGGAAAGUGUAGAGUGUACAACCUUACAAAUCCCUCCAUCAAAACUUGCGAGGUCUUUGCUUGGUGUCCGGUGGAAAAUGAUGAGAAUGUACCCAAGCCAGCUUUCUUUCAGGAUGCUGAGAACUUUACCCUCCUUGUGAAGAACAACAUCUGGUACCCAAAGUUCAACUUUACAAAGCGAAACAUUCUCCCCACCAUCAAUCAAACGUACCUCAAGAACUGCAAAUACGAUGCCAAGACGGACCCCUUUUGCCCCAUUUUCCGCCUCCAGGACAUGGUUGAAGCUGCCGGGCAGAACUUCCAAGAGAUGGCAGUUGAGGGUGGUGUGAUGGGACUGCAGAUCCGAUGGGACUGUGACCUAGACAAGUCUGCUUCUCAUUGUGUGCCAAAGUAUUCCUUUCGCCGUAUUGACAACAAGGAUACUGCUCACACCGUUUCUCCAGGAUACAACUUCAGGUUCGCAAAAUAUUACCAGAUGCCUCCCAACAAAGACUACCGGACACUCAUCAAGGCCUACGGCAUCCGCUUUGACAUUAUGGUAUUCGGCAAUGCUGGAAAAUUUGAUAUCAUCCCUACUAUGAUCAAUAUUGGAUCUGGCUUGGCCCUGUUUGGUGUGGCCACUGUCCUCUGUGAUAUCAUUGUCCUGUAUUUGAUGAAGAAAAGAUAUUAUUACAGAGAAAAGAAAUACAAAUAUGUUGAAGAUUAUGAAUUGGGAGCCAAUGCAUCUUACGGAUCCCAGACAGAAGUUCAGGACUGCUGCGCAGUGCGAUGAUCCUUCCAAACAGUGCCACAAACAGGUCCUGCUCAUUUCACCCAGUCGAGGGAGGCCUUUCGCCAGCAGAGAGGUCUGGGUUUCCUGCCUGGGGAGGAGCAGAUCUGUGGUUCCUCCAUCCUCUUGGGCUCCAUCAGCUUUGCUUCUGUUGGCGGCACCCUGGACCAAUCUAGAGAUUCUCCUGAGGAAAGCUGGGAUGAAAAUCCUCAACGCUUUCUGGUGUAGGAUCUGCCAAGUCUUGAGCAGUCUGAGAUAAUUCUGAAUCAGAUCUUCUAUGUGUCCUUUCCCACUGUUCAGUUCAUGGACAGUUGCCAUGGAGGGAAAGAUGAAGGGGUGGGGUGGGACCGAAAUGUUCCUUGGAUGUUUCUAAAAUUGCCAAUUUCUGGUGUGCUUCCCUUUUCACACACCACACUCCUCUUCGUCUUAAAAGGCUGGAAAGGUUUGCCUCGUACUCGUUUGAACACUUCCAUGUGCAUCUUUUUAAAAGAUGCCACUUGGUGCAAUUUGUAGGCAGCCCCUCUAUUGCUGAAACUAACAAAUCAGUAAGAAUUCUCUCUCAACUACAAUUCCCUUUGGAAGGGUUGGGGAAAUCCCCGUGACAUUAAAUAAAUGCAACAUGCAGGCAUGUCCCCCCACCCACCCAGCUUCUACUAGUAAGUUCCCACUGCCCUGUUUACAUCCAUUAAAAUUUCAUUUAUAAAUGAAAAGAUAAUUGCACUUUCCCUCUUAUAGGAGACAGAUGUGAGAAUAAUCAGUGAGAAUAAUCUACUUUGCAGAGGAAAAUAAAGGCAUUGGGAAAUAAGAU